AUGUCGCACGCACGAAUCGAAGAGGUCGAGGACAGCGAUAAUGAAUAUGGCGCCAGCGAUCCAUCAGAAGGCGAUAUCUCAGAUGUGGCCUCAGAUUUCUCAGACCGCGACAUCAUCAAGAAAAGGACACCAGCACCCUCGUCCACCAAUGGCGCACCGCCGCCUAAUGCCAAAUCUUCUCAAAUGAACCCUGCCGACAUACCAUUUUCUGGCUCGCAAAUAACUACCGGCGCAGAUGGCACACAAUUUCGCUCUACGGAAGAUAGUUCCAAAUACAAAGAUUUCCAGUGCAUAUAUCCAAUAUAUUUUGAUGCUACCAGAAGUCGAGCAGAAGGCAGAAGAGUGGGCAUGGAGCUGGCCGUCAAAAAUCCAAUCGCCCGCGAAAUCGUAGCUGCAUGCUCUAGACUUCGAAUCGAAACUCUAUUUGAGCCAGUUAAGACUCAUCCUAAGGAUUGGGCAAAUCCGGGCCGGGUCAAGGUCAAUAUCAGAGGAGGGGGAAAUCCAGAUAUCAAGAACAAACACCACCUCUACACAUUCAUCGCGAAACAUCUGAAAGACAACCCCACCACAGAUAAAACCGCCAUGCAACCUCAACUCGCUGGCAUACCACCCCCUGAUCCUAGCAAGCCAUUAGCCAGACCUGCAGUACCAAAAGGAUGGAAUAUAGGAGAAAUAUUACCAUAUUAUAGCGCAGCUUUGUCUGGUGGUGGUGUCAGUGAGAAUUUUUUCAAGGAUAUGAUGGCAGAGAUGGGAGGACAAAUGCCUGGACUGCCGGGAAUGAUGGAUGGACCAUCAAGUAGCGCGGCCUUGGAACCAAAGAAAAAGGAUAAGAAGAAGAAGAUUAAGGGCUGA